CGCUGUAUAGACAAAAAGUAUGUCUCCUCAGUACAGAGUAUACAAACAUCUGAGCGGUCUAAGCACUCCGUGUGCAACCAACCGUCCACCGCUACUGACUCCAUAUUGCCUAAUUCGUCAUGAUGCGACUCCAACGACAAUCCCCCUCUUUCUCAUCCUGCCCCAUCUUCUAGUAUCCCCUUUUUUACCUUUUUUACGUGUUCACUCGUACGAGAUUCGCCGAAACCAAGCGCCUGAUUUUGUGAUCACCGAUCUUCUUGUCUUGGGGAGAAAUAAAGUAUGUUAGCCUCACCUGCAAGCGAGUGUAGCGAUUUUAGCGCGGGCGCUAGAAACAUGGCAGAAGCAUCGCUUCUUUUCCGCAGGAGUUCAC